CGAGCUAUGAUGCUAUUUGACACUUCUGUUUAUUAUAAAUAAAUUAACACGGGGCAGCAGAAGGCUGUUCACAUGUGGAGGGUGGAAGUCCUGGAACUGCUCGAUGAAACCAAUUAAGUUAUUGAACAUAUUCUGGAUUACUUGUAUGCCUAUUUUCGUAAGUUCGGAGGAAUUCGUUAUUCAGUUAUACUUUUAAUACAUGUAACCGCUAUUAAGAGGCGACCUACUGAACAAUUUGCACACAUCUUGCAUUACAAUUAACCCUAAACCACCGUGUUAGCAGAUCAAUAACCACGGGCUGAUUCAACAUAACAUUUAUUAGUAACUAAUAGACUAAUUAAAAUAAAGGUGUUCUUUUCUCGAGGAAGAAGCGAAUUGACGGCAAGGAUUCAUAAUGGCUAUGCAGGUUAUAUUCGAGGAGAUGACCCAGCCAUCGCCACGGGGUAUUUUAUUGGCAUCUUUGACUUUUCUCUUUGCCAUGCACCUGUGGCGCAGGAUCAGACGCACCUUGGACGUACAUGGCCCGCCUGGACCGUUCGCUUGGCCAGUCAUUGGGAACGCAGUUGAGCUUGGCAAAAGUCCUCACCUCUAUUUCACUCGCAUGUCACGGAAAUAUGGGGAUGUCUUUCAAAUAAAACUCGGCUGCCGGGAUGUUGUGGUGCUGAAUGGCGACGCAAUCAAGCAAGCACUAAUCAAAAAGGGAUUUGAUUUUGCAGGUAGACCGGACUUUGCCUCUUUUAAAUACAUUUCCAAUGGCGAUAGCAUGGCUUUUGGUACAUUCAGCGAAUGUUGGAAAAUGCACCGAAAGGUGGCUCAGUCUACUGUUCGGAUGUUUUCCACCAGCAACAACAAUACCAAAAAGUCUUUCGAAAACCACGUUGUCUGUGAAGUUAGGGAGCUGCUGCACAUUUUCCUAAAAAAAACGAAAGAGCACCAAUAUUUCCAGCCAAAUACAUACUUGGUUGUAUCAACCGCUAACAUAAUGACCGCAGUGUGCUUUGGAAAGAGAUAUUCUUACGACGACGCAGAGUUCGCACAGGUGGUGGGAAGAAAUGACCAAUUCACCCAAACAGUGGGUGCUGGGAGCAUGGUGGAUGUGAUGCCUUGGCUUCAGUAUUUUCCCAACCCUAUAAAAACAAUUUUUGAAAACUUUAAAGACCUCAACAGGGAGUUCAGUAAAUUCAUCAUUAAUAAAGUUGUCGAGCAUCGAAAGACCAUUCAUUCAAGCACAAUCCGGGAUAUGACAGAUGCUUUCAUCAUGGCAUUGGACAAACAGGACAGCUCGUCGAGGAUUUCGCCAGGCAAAGAUUACGUGCCACCCACUAUUGGAGAUAUAUUUGGAGCAAGCCAAGACACAUUGUCUACUGCACUCCAAUGGAUCAUUCUAAUUCUUGUGAGAUUUCCUCAUAUCCAACUUCGUCUCCAAGAGGAAGUGGACAAAGUGGUCGACCGGAGACGUCUGCCCACCAUUGAGGACCAGCCACAGUUACCUUAUGUGAUGGCGUUCAUCUACGAGGUGAUGCGCUUUACCAGCUUCCUGCCGCUUACCAUCCCGCACAGCACCAUUGUCGACACCGACAUCAUGGGCUACACCAUCCCCAAAGACACAGUUAUCUUCAUCAACCAAUGGUCCAGCAACCACGACUCCACUAAGUGGACGCAACCGGAGACCUUUGAUCCCUUACGUUUCCUUGACCACAGUGGCUCGCUGAACAAGGACCGUGCCAGUAGCGUGCUCAUCUUCUCAUUGGGUAAGCGACGGUGCAUUGGAGAGGAGCUGUCCAAGAUGCAGAUGUUCCUAUUUACAUCAUUGCUGGUGCACCAGGUCCACUUUAGUCCUGAUCCAGACAAUCCUCUCUCCAUUGACUACACCUACGGACUGACCCUGAAGCCCAAUAACUUCUACAUUGCGGUGAAUCUACGGGACAGCAUUGAAGUCCUGGAGGAGUCUCAGGGGAAUUUGGGCAUCUCCCAAUCAGACAGAGAAUAGUGUCACUCUAAUCCUUACAAAGACGGUAAAUGAAGAUAAAAAAAUAUAAUGCUUAUGUAGAUUAAUGAUCACUCUAAUGUGCAUCCAGGUUUCAGCUACUGUAUAGCUACUCUACAUUUAUUUAUCAACUGAAAACCCUGACAAAAAACCUUCUCAUACAUCUAUUGUGUAAUUUCUUCAUCAGUGACUUUGACUAUGGAACCCCAAAAAUGCUACUUUUAUAGACUUUUUAAAAUGAAUUGCUGUGUUGAUGUUGGGUAAUCUUCAACCCCGACAGGACAUACAGUCGCUUGCAGUGGGCAUAUGAGGUUAAUGUUCCUCUUUCAAAGCGCAUUUGCCACUGCAUUUAAAGGGUUACUGACUGAAUCAAGUUGAUUCAGCCUUUUCACCUGCAUCUACUAUCUCAUCUCAGCUAAUAUCUUGUGUUCCUUUUAUGUUCAAAAUACUUAUAUUUCCAAACAAAAUCAAUAUGAUCCAGACAAAUAAUUCCAAUUGUAUCACUAUUAUACAAAAAUACAGGUUAUUUGACAGUGUUAACAUUAGCAAAAAAUAUAAGAAAUUCACAAGGGCAGCCCUACACUAUAUUACCCUAAACACAUGCGUUGAAGUUUUAAAGCAAACUUAGGUUGUUAUAAAUGCUAAUUUAAGAGUUAAUUUAUGAAUUCAAGGCAAUCAACUGCAACACCGUUCCUAAUUUACUCAACUCUACAAAUACAAAGUUGAAUAGACUAGCAAUUAUUAGGUUUUAUUGCAUAUAAUGUAUGUAUGUCAAUAGCAGUAUCAUCCCCACUAUUUGUUAAUAAAAAAUGUGAGAUGAUAAUACCUUUAAUAAAAGUUCAAGUGCCAAAAUUGAAUAAUAAUUUAACUGACGGGUUGGACCAAAUAAUACAUAGUCUUUUAUACAUGAGUAACUAGUAGUGUAAUAAUCAAUGUAGUGAUUAUCUUGAUACAAGCUAGUAAUACGUACAUGUAGUUAUGCAAGACUACUUCAAUCUAGGUCCUCUUGAGAAACCCAAUUACAUACAUGUAAAUGUAUUACACCACCUGAGAAAAUUGUUUAAAGACAUUUACUUGGGCAGGGUAUAUUUAUAUAAAAAAAAAAAAACACCACUUACAUUUCAAGUCAGUAUUUUCUGUGGCCUCUCAUAGAAUGCUAAACUAAAGACUGUUGUCCUGUUGGGUAUUCUUCCAGGGAUAUUGCAGGAUUUACCAUAACUUUUUUGUUUUGAUUUUGGCAGCUUUUUUUCUUCUCCAUGUCCUCACACAGCUUCAGUAAUGUUUAGGUCAGUGUUCUGAGGUGGUGAGUCUAGUACUGUGAGUGUUCCACUGGCAGUAUUUGGCCCCAAGUAGGUGUUAAUUAUCUUGUAGAAUGUUUGGGGUCAUAAUCAUGCUGAGUGAUCAGGAUUUUUCCAAUGAAUCAAAGUUGGACAUUUAUUGGAAGACUAUAAUUGAAUGUACUUUGGUGCCACAUGGGUUCCACCAUGUUUUCUGUCUUCAAUUUACAGAUUUUCUUUUAAAUGUCUUUAUGACAUUUCUCCUAGCCAUCUCACAAGAUAUAAUUUUCCUUUUUGACAACACAAGAAGCUACCUUUCUUUUUAGUAAUGUUUAUUUGUAUUUAUUUUAACUUUAUAUAUAAUUUUUGAUUGUUUUAUGAUUAAAGAAAUAGUCCAGUGCUUACAUACUGUAUUUCUCUGAAAUAUGACCUUCACCAACUUAUAAUUUAAGUAAAUGUAAAAGUAGGUUACAUAAACUUUUGUGUGUUGAUAUAUUCUGGGAGUUCCCCAAAUAAAGAAUUGUGUGGCCAUACUGUAUACUGGUAAUGAAGAGUUGGCUGCUGAUUGACCAGGUCCUUAACCUGGUCUCUGAUUGACUUGAUUUAUGUACUGUUGAUGCCAAAUUGUUUCUUCCCAUUCAAAUUUGACAUUGAAGUGGUAUUUUCAAUUUAUUUACCCUCUAGCAACUGUAGUUCCUGCAUAUUCAAAUACAAUUUCCCGUAAAGAAAAUACAACUGGGAGAAAUUAAUGCAAAACAUAUUCAUAUAGCAUAAGAUUGAUAUGACUACACUAACAACUAGGCAAAAAUGGGAUACUAGAAAUCAGAACACUGGGCAGUAACUUUAAAUUUAUGUUGGUCCUUCCAGGGCUAGACAGGGAAACAAUAUAGGCAAGAUUACACUGUGUACAAUGUUUGAUAUUGUAGCCUUUUCUCUCUGAAAUGUUGUAGUGAACUGAAUUAGUGGUUUAGUGUUGCAAAGUGUUUUAUUUUCUGUUUUUAUUAUGUUCUACUGUUCAGAAACUCGAGUCUCCAAAAGACUGCUUCGCAAAAGUUAUUUACCAACACCAUGUCAUUUAAUUUAUACAGUGAUAUAUUCUCCUUUGUUUUAUCAAAUUAAGAACAUAAUCAUAAAUGUACUAUAUUUCAUGAUAUUGUAUAGAU